AUGUUAUCAGUCAAUGGUGACGAUGUCCAAAUAUCCCAACCCGAUCUUGCAUAUUCUCAGUUUGGUGGUCGAUUAGGUAUAUUGGGUGACUUUGAUAGUUUAUCCGUGUAUUCAUUUGUUAACGAGUCUUCUAUCUUGGCUUCAUCAUCAUCAUCAUCAUCAUCGUCAAAAGAACUAACCAAAAGAGAAAACGAUAACUCAACGGUAUCUACUUCAGCUCCUCAAAACUUAUACUUGAGAAAUACUGAUGAUAACACUAGUAAACUAUUGGCUUCGGUUAAUGGUAUAAUAUCUUACCUUGAAAAAUAUACUGAUGAUACUAUUAUUGUUAAUGGUAACUUCACUACAUUCAAAAACCAACCCAUCCAACCUCCCUUUUUGUAUAACGUGACUUCUGAUUCUGUUAUUCAAAUCUUUUACCCAUCAUCAUCGUCAUCAUCAUCAUCAUCAUCUUCUUCUUCUUCAAGUCCUACCAUAUCUGGAGGUUCAGUCAAGGCCAUACUUAUAGAUGAUGAUUUGAUAUAUCUUGGAGGUGAUUUCACCUUUAAUAGUACUGUUGGAGCUGCAGUGUAUAACGUCACUGCUGAUUCAGUCAACACAUUUCCCUUCAAGGGGUUCGGUGAAGGGGCGUCUGUCAACGCUAUCGCAAGAAUAAUGGACCAAACUAAUUCUGAUAAUGAUGCUAACAAAGGUUCUAUUAUAUUUGGUGGGAAGUUUGAUACCUUGGGGUUCCCUGAAUUGUUAAUACAUAACUCCACCAACUCAACAAAGAAGAAUACCACCAACAGCACAUAUAUCAGAGCUGAACAAGUUGUUUCAUUGAAGAAUGGGAUAUUCAGCAGCAUAAAUGGUGCAACCCAGAAUACCGAAAGUUCAAUCAUAUGUCCAGCAACUUCAAAUCCUUGGUAUGCACUUGAUGGUAUGGGUGCUCAAUGGAGAGUAGCCAUGCCUGAUCCAAUGAAGGGGAUUGUCCCGACCAAAGUACGUCUUUAUAUUCCAGAAGGAACUGACGGUACUAAGUUAUUCCGGAUCUACUCUUAUCCAAAUGCUGGUAUAAUGAACUUGACUUAUAUCAACCCACAGACCAACAAAAUGGAGAUUUGUGAUGCUUGGUGUCCCUUGAUGACAUCAAGUGACUUGAAAGCAAUUGCUGAGAAGAAUGCUGCUAAUAUUACUACUAUAGCCAAUUCUAGUUCGAUUUUCAUUGAAGAAGAUGGUUCGUAUACCAGUUAUUACGAUUCUUCCAAUAACACCAAGACAUUGGGUUAUGGGUCUAAUUAUCAAGAGUUUGCACUUAUAAAUAACGUGGCAUUUGAUAGCAUUGGUGUGACAAUUAUUGAUUGGUAUGGUAAUAGAGGAGCACUUGGGGGAUUCCAAGUGUUUCAGACUUCAAUAUCCACUUAUGGUAAUGAAACAUUGAACGAACCCAAUUGUGCCUCUGAUUUGGAUUAUGUUAAUAGCUCCAAAAUCAACAAUGGUACGUUCCAAGCCAUCACCAACGUUUCGGAUUCCGUUGUUAAUAAUGAUUAUUUGGUUUCUUUCGAUACCAAUGCCAAAAUGACCUUGUACCCCAAUAUUUCCUAUUCUGGGAACUAUUCCAUCAUCAUUUCCACUCCUGGUUGUCUACAAGAUAACUCAUGUGACUUCAGAUCCAUUGUAAAUGUAUCUGUUAUUGAUGGUAAUGAUAAUAUCUUAAAGACCAAUACCAUUUAUCAGAAUAAUAAUUACGAUAAGUUUGAUUAUUUGUAUCAAGGUCAUUUAAAUGGGUCUACUUCAAGAAAUGCUAGUGAUGGUUUGACCAGAAUUGAAAUUUCAUAUGAUAGUGCAAUCAAUACCAACUCUGAUCAACAUUGGAUGGUGGUUGAUAAAAUCACUGCUAGUUUGCUUGCAUUGGAUGAUAAUUUGAUUCACAAUUUAACCAAAUCUACCAAUUCUACGUAUGAAUUAUCGUAUGUUAGAUUGAAUGGACUCUUUGAAUAUUCAUUGGAUAAUUUUACAGAUUUCAACACUUCAAAAGUUGCUUACUCUAGUGAUAAUAAUAAGACUAUGAUUAUUAAUCUGGAGAAUUCUUAUGUGGGUAACUCCUCAAUUAAUUUGUUGAGUUCUAGAUUAGCAAAUGGUUCUGUGAUUAGUGAGUUUGUUCAACAGCUGUCUUCUUUACUUGCACAAGGUGCCUUUGAAGUUAACCAAACAGAUGCUUCAGUUAUGUCGUUACUGAAUACCAAUUUGAUGACUAUUAAUCUCGGUCAAUUUAAUUCAAGUUCAAAUUCUACUACUAUAGAACUGAUACACAAGAAGAGAGCUACUAGUGAUAAUGUCAUUUAUGGAGCUCUGUUUAAUUCUCCAGUAUCUCAAAUCAUCAAAUAUGAAGAUGGGGUCAUGAUGUUAGGUGGAUUCACUCUUAGCAAUGAUGGGAACUCUUCUAUAAACUUGAUAGAUAUGCUGACCAAUAAAUCAGUUUCCAAUAUCAAUAAUUUUGUCUUCUACAAUGAUAAUAUCUGGUAUGGGUUUGGGAACUCCUUAUUACUGGCUGAAAAUUAUCAAUUUACCAAUUUGACCUUCAAUGACAUUAACUACUUUGUUUUCACUCUUAACAAUAAUGAGUAUCAAACUUGGGAUAACACUAAUAAGAAAUGGGUAACUGAUGGUGGACAAACAUUUAACAUAUCUCUUGCCCUUUCCUUAAAUAGCAACCAACAAAUUUUGGGAGGCUCAUCCUUGACUACCAUGGAAUUCUAUGAAAUUGACCAAGCAUAUUUGGAUAAUCUGCAAAACUUUUCCAGUUAUAAUUUGAACAUCUCUUCUGGUGGUGGUGGACUUUUAACCUCAUAUUAUUUAAAUUCUUCCUUGAGUGUGAUUGGUGGACAGUUUAAUACCACUAAUGCUCAGAAUUUGGCAUUUAUAAAUAAUAAUGGUUCUGGAAUCAUUCCAUUGUCAAAUGAGUUGAAAUGGCCUUCUGAUACUUCGGUUAUUAGUUUAUAUGCUGAUACUAAAAACCAGUAUCUUUUUAUUGGAACCAAUGGGUCAGUUUCAAGCGAUAAUAAUGAAUUCUCUGGUCUAUUCAUUUAUAAUUUGACCAACAAUACUUUGACCAGUUUCCAACCAGCCAUGCUUUCAAGUUCCGCUAAUGGUGAUAAUGGUAAUGGCAUAGCAGUUAAUGCUGUUGCAUUGAGUGAACAGAAGAACCAACUUUUAGUGGGCGGAGAAUUUGACCAAGCUGGGUCCUUAAGUUGUAAAGGAUUAUGUGUUUAUGAUUUGGAUAAUACAAGAUGGAAUAAUCCUUUCGCUAAUAAUGACUCAUUCUCAGGUUCAGUCACCGAUAUCAAGUUCUUUUCCUCAAAUGAAGUACUUAUUUCUGGUAAUUUCACCUUGAAUUCAAACCAAGUGAAUUUUAUUCAAUAUAAUUUUGAUACCAGUCAACUUGUACUGUCAACUUCUUCAUUAAACUCCUUGGGGUCCAAUUAUGUGGUGAACAAGUUUGUUAGCAAUGAUAAUUCAUUCGAUGGAAGAAUAAUUGCAUACGGUGAUAACUUUAUUUCUGGUUUUAAUGGGAAGAAUUGGACAAGAAUCGAUGAUGGGAUAAUCUAUGAUGAUGAAACUGAAUUCACAGAUAUUAAAUUGCUACAUUUAUCUAAAUCUAAUUCAGUAUCUAAAGCCCAAUUCUUUGAUAAAAAUAAGAUUUUGGCUUUAUCGGGAACAUUUCAAUUGAAAGAUUAUGGUGAAGUUAACGUUGCAUUAUACAAUGGAACCAAUUGGAUUCCUUAUAUUUUCACUGCCAAUUCCCAAAAUAAAUUAGGUAAAGUGAAUUCUUUGCUUAUUAUGGAUUCCUUUAGUUUCCAAUCAUCUUCAGAUUUAACUAAAAAACUUUUAUCAAGAGGUAAAGUUGUGGGGAUUUCUUUAGCUUGUGCCUUGGGCUCAACAACUCUUUUGGGACUUUUGUACUUGAUUCCAUUCCUUUUAUUACUUCGAAAGAAGGAGGACGAUUCAGAAGAAAGAAUUCAUGAAAAGGAUAUGAUGGACGCAGUUAAUCCUGAAGAUUUGAUUUAUGAAAUGGAUUUACAAAGAGGUGAAAAGGCAUGA